AUGGACCAUGAGGAGGAGCGACGCUUGGUGUCGGACAGGGUUCUUCGUUUUGUCGAGUUUGACAGUGCCGCAAUUAUCACAAAUACUGACAGCCGAAUGGGUCACGAGCUUCUUCAGACCCUGAAUACAAAUAGCUCAAAGGAUGGUUUGUAGAAAUGAAUGCAUAUGACUUGAUAGCAAGGUAUGCGUCGCAAGCAGCGAAAUUUUGAUUCAUAUGUAAUACUCGAGAUACCUGACGGCUUAGUCUCGUCUGGAUUGAAGUCCUUAGAAGGUGAUUGAUGCUGUUUGUCUAUUGAGGUCACGGUAGACAUAUUCAUAUCGACUCGUCCUUGCAUGUGGGUCUUGAACGUUUGAUCACACAGGUUUCAACAGACAAUAUCAGAACUGAACUGUCAACAACAGAACGUUUAUUAAACGGGGAGUUGGGAGAGGGAUGCAUCGUGCUUUUGGGCCAAGGAGUAAAGGGGGGAAGUUAAUGGAGUGGGGAAACCAGAAGAUGCGCGCAGGCCUUCCUUCGAUUUAUCCUUCCUCCAGUCUGGGUGUCGAUACGUGUGGUUCCAUAGUUUGCCCGUCCGCUUGGUGCUCAGUCACCGUAGUUUCAAAGAAGGCGGAAUAUCGCUCAGGGGAGCGUUAGCAAAGAACUUAAAACAAACCUAUCUAAAAAAUAUCUGUCCUUUACACGUGGUUCGUCGGCCCACGGUCGAUAAACAAGCGCCCUGAUCUCGCGCCCCCAUAUUCUGUGCUGAAGCUCCGCCUGGGCAGAGUAAUUAGCCGCACGUGGAUGGUGUAGGCGGCCAACAGUUCUAGUGACAGCGAGCCAAAUAGCAGAGUGAUUCUCACGCCAAGAAUCAACAAGGGUGAUGAAAUUACCGAAAUUGUAAACUCAGGCGCCGACUAAUAAACCCUUAUUGCAUCAGGUACAAGCCCCAGUGAUGAAUGAGGGCGCGGUUAAUUAUAGUAGGCAUGUUGUGGCAUGACAAUCGCGUCUUACAAAUACUAUAUUCAUUGUGCCUCAAUCUCUCUUAUGUGAGAAUAUCUCUGAUGAUGGAUCCAAGGCGGAAUCCAAAGCGUCAAACCAAUAAAUUUCUUGUUCUAGCCAUCACAUCUUCUUCUGAACGAGAAUUAUUAUAUGCAUAGGCGGCUUGUAUGCUGUUGGGUACGUUAUUUCGGGCCAUGAGCCAUGCUGGUAGCGACUCCUACGGUCGUUGUGGGCUUAUUAGGCAGCCGGGAGAAAUCAGUCUUUCAAAUGAAAUAAUAGACUCUGACUCCACACACCGUGGUUCAUUACACCUAUGAAAAGAACAUAUAACAGAAGCAGAGGUUGGGAAUGCAAUAUGUUAAGCUUCAGACUCAAGAUAUCGUUGACUUUUCUAACUGACCGAAAGGUCAAGGUCAGGAGACCGAAAGGUCAAGGUCAAGCCGCUGGUUUUAAAUUUGAAGAUAAGUGAAGGAUAUUAUUUUAAGUGGUUUUUCUGUGAGACCUAACGAUUUUAGUACCUGUUUUUUGGUUAAAAUUCCUUAACUACAGGUCUCUUCUCUAAGAACUGCCUGCUGCCAUCUCCUUUCGAGUUCUGCUAGUCUAUGCCCGUUGUUCACUAAUCGCACUCUGCAAUUCUCAUUUUGUGCAUCCGAUUUCUCUCUAACUGUUGUAAUUUAUUUUUACAUCGUUACCCCCUAGCUGUAAUUCAGUCAGCUUGUCUGCCAGAAGUUUUCUUAAUCACAAAUUGCCUCGAGACAAGAUGAGACCAAAAGUCACUGGUCGACGUAAGCUCUCGGCUCUUGUAAGUAAACAUGGCCUAACUAAACGUAAGUCAGAAGCUUUACCUAAAUCUAAGUCAGAUGAUAUUACUAGUCAGUCGUCACCCGUUGUAAUUAGUCGGCAGCUUGGUCUGUCUGCACUUGACCACUGCAAUGACUUUAUGCUAAAGUUUGGCAUUUUGCUGACAAUUCUUGGACAUUUAUUCGACGGGAACAUCUCCGAUAUUCCCUCUGAAGAAUGUAGGCAUCUCGACUCACUUGUUCACCUGAUCGCCAGUGAAUAUAGUGAUAGACAGAAGCGUUCUUACAACGUCCUGUUAAAAAAUGUUCCUCGAUCUGCUCGGCCAAUUGAUGUUGCAACCAGUUUCCUGUAUUCAUGUGGUUUCAACUAUAAAAUAGCUGAUGCCAAACGCUUGUCCUCCCGUAGCAAAAAUCCACCCAUCUUAGUCAAAUUGUUUUCAUCAAUCGAGGUUGACACAAUCUUUACUCAUCGAGAGCGUGUCACUGCGUACCUAGAGAAGGCAAAAUUUUUCCUUUGUCAUGAUCUUACUCCUAUGCAGCGUAGAAUCGGGUCUCUAUUCUCACGUAAACCUACUGCUUCUCAGUCUAAUGCUCCCCAACUCGGUCAUAAUACAAGUGGCCGUAAGGAUUCAGCUUCUCCUACUCCUGCAACAUCUGACUCCCUCCUUCCUCUUUCUCCUACAUCUCCAUCUCACUCAAGCCACUUGACGCAUUUGCCUGCCCCUAAACUUGCAGCAGCAGCAGCAACCCCAUUUGUCGUUUCGUAUCCUCCGGAUAGUCCCGCUGAGACACAUGAAAAUCCUUCUACAUCAGCUAGACCGAUAACUUCUAUUGUCCAACUGGGUGCUGUAAGGUCUACAGCUAAGUCACCAGUGGCUUGGCGUCAGAACGGUGAGACUCGAAAAUUGAAUCAGACUCCGACCCAAAAGAUAGGUAGUACAGUUCCGUUUAGGGGUGCGACGCCUUCUCUUAGAUCUAACAAGUCUGUUCAGCCCAGCACGUCCACAAACCCCGCAGCUCCAAUUAUAUCCCCGAAUAAUUCUCUGUCCUGCGUACCGGUUACUUAUCAAAGCCCUACUAUACAUCCAGCAAAUAAUUCAUACAUGAAUUGCCCUAAAUCAUUUAUGCCCCAACCUAGUUCAGGCUUCCCACCACUUAAGGCCAAUUGCUCUCAGGUACGUCAACCUAUCUCCUUUGACUUCCAAUCUAGACCUGGUUUCCCACCAUUUCAUUCUUUUAGUGGCCUACCCUCACCCAUUAGCCCCUACUUUCCUUCUAGCCUCCCUCCUCCUCCCCUUCCUCCAUUAUUUAACUACCAACAAGUCUAUCCAUGUUCUAACUCCCCUAGCAUUCCAAUGUUUGAAAACUAUAUCCCCACCUCCUUUCGGUCUCAUACUCAGCCUUCUCUUGCUGACUCCUCGUACGUCAAUAACUCUAAAUUGACUGGUACUUAUUCUCCAUGUGUCAUUAAUUCACAGCUUACAUAUCCGCCUCCAAUUUUUUUUUAAAAUACCGUCGAAAAUAGCAUUGCCGUUCGAAACACAUUAGAUAUUAUAUUAUUGAAUGCCAGGUCUGUUAUAAACAAGAUAGCCCAAAUCAGAGCCAUUGCUCUGGAAAUGACGCCUGAUAUUAUAUGUGUAACAGAAUCUUGGACCCAUUCUCUAAUUCCUGACUCUGCCCUUCUCAUAGAUGACUUCGAUUUUUACCGACACGACCGCACGACUAGGCGUGGGGGUGGUUGUCUUCUUUAUCUUAAAUCCUACCUAAAGCACUCUAUCUAUUACUUGGAUGUUUCCUCAUUCACGGGAAACUUCUGCUUUGCAUCUGUUAUUCUCUCGCCGCAAAGAAAGACAAUUAUUGGCUGUAUCUACAAUCCCCCAAAUUCUUUAGCCAGUGACGAUUCACAACCCUGUGAAAUCUUUAAAUUGAUUUCGGAAGCUGCUUUCGAUGUUAAAAUAAUCACUGGGGAUUUUAACCUCCUUGAAAUAGACUGGGUUUCCAAUAGCUGCCCACCCAGAUUUCAGCCCUUUCAAGAUAUUGUCAAUUUUUUUAAUUGGUCCCAACUGGUGCGCUCUCCAACAAGAGAUAAUCACAUUUCAGAUCUAAUCUUUACCAAUGACAUUGCUCCUCUUUCGGUUGCUUUAAAAAAGGACCUCUUUGACAGUGACCACGUAUUAAUUCAUUGUUGCCUAUCGCUUGCCUUUUCAAAAAAGACAAGCACCGUUCAGACUUUCAUGAACUACGACUGCGUAGAUAGCGACUUAAUAAAUAACUAUAUUAGAUCCUUGGAUUGGCGUGGCUUCCUCACUUGUAGCGAUGUAACCAUUCUUCGUGAUGUCAUGUCCAAUGUUUCCAAGGACAUUCUAGAGUUUGUGCCGCGUAGAUAUCUCAAGCCUAAUUUUUCAGAUUCCCUUGUUCCUCAUUUUCUUCAGAACAGACUAAAAAGUUGAGGCGACAACUGCGUGACCCAUCCACUAGUUCCUUAUCUGUUCAUCUUAGAAUCACAGAGAUAUUUGAGAUGGCCUCAAGGAUGCGCCAAGCGCGCGACAGGCAAAGAGAAUCAAUUGCUCUCAGAGGUUCGAACCCUGGCAAAUCCGUCGCUAACAUCUUCCGUCAUCGGUCCUCCCCUAAGCGUGGUCAUGAACUUCCACUCAUGCUAAAUGAUAACAAAGUCUUCCUCACCGAUGACACGGACAAGACGGAGUUGUUUAGCGCUUUCUUUGCAAAACACCUUGCUGCCGAGUCCGAUCCGGUCCCUUUCUUUCGAUCACUUUCAGAUAGGACACUUAGUACAAUUGAUGUCUCCUCAGAUCUCAUUAAGAAACACAUCAGUCGUUUGAAAUACUCACACUGCCCAGGAACGGACGAGAUUCCGAAUUCGAUUAUUAAACAAGCGUCCGACCUUCCCAUAUUGCUUACUCAUUUAUUCUCGGUUUAUAUUUCAAAAGGAUUCUUUCGUGAAACAUGGAAAACGUCAAUUAUCAUUCCCGUUUUCGAGUCAGGAUCUCGGUCCGAUGUUAAUAACUAUCGGGGCGUGCACAAAACGCCGUCUCUAGCAAAACUUCUUGAAAGGAUUAUUUUCAAUGAAAUUCUCGACUUCUGUCUAGCUAAUCGGCUUCUGAGCUCUAGUCAGCAUGGGUUUUUACCUGAACGAUCCUGCGAAACAUGCCACUUGGCUUUUCUUAAUCUAAUCACUUCUCUUCGUAAUGAGCGGCAGUCAGUGGUUGUUAUUUACUUUGAUCUUAGCAAAGCCUUUGACAAGGUGCCCCAUAGACGUCUUUUAGUAAACUUGGAAGCUCUCGGCAUCCGGCCGCCUCUACUCGACUUCAUCACGUCCUGUCUGUCCAACCGAUAUCAGAAAGUCAUGGUCGGUAAUAGCUACUCGACACCCCACUCGAUCACGAGUGGCAUACUUCAAGGAACGGUUCUGGGUCCGCUACUCUUCCUUCUGUGCAUCAAUGAUAUUUCGACUGAACUCGGAAAUUCGCAAACUUUUACUUAUGCCGAUGACCUCAAGUGUGUUUACUCAUACUCUAAGGACACCGAAAAUGUUUGUGUUGAAAAAAUUAAUGCCGAUUUACUACGCUUAAGCAGAUGGGGUUCGACAUGGCAGAUGGAGUUUUCAUCAUCCAAGUGUAGUUUCAUGUCUUUUGGUCCUACCAAACUUCCUGGUCCCAUAAUUUUUCAGAAUAACCCACUCUCAGAAUGCCUCACCAUAAAGGACCUAGGUCUAAGUUAUACAAAUAAACUUGCUUUAUCACCUCAUGCAGAUAGAAUCUCUGCCAAAGCCGCGCAGAUAUGUGGAUUCAUAUCGCAUAAUAUUUUCCUUCCGGAAAUGAAGCUAAGACUUUAUCAAAUGUUUGUUCUUCCAGUCCUCGAAUACCGCUGUCCUUUCUUCGGUUUAAUGAACGCCUGCGACCGUAAUAAAAUUGAAAAUGUUCAGAGGGUUUUCACCCGCAAACUGUUUUCUCAAGCUUCGUCCAGUAUUUCUUAUACUCAGAUAUGUCAGCUGGCGAACAUUAAGUUUUUGUGGGUUAGAAGACUCGAUGCUGGCCCUUGCUUCCUUUUUCGCAUCAACUCUAGCUCCAGUCUUCCGUACAUUGACACUCUCACUCCGAGAGAUCGGUCUUAUGCCACGCGCAACUCCUGCAUGGUGAUUCCGCCGCCUCUUUGUACUACCUCUAAGCGCUCCCUCUUCUUUGCUUCCAAAUAUGCCUUCCUUUUGAAUAAUCUUCCGCCUGAAAUUAGAUUAUCGCCUAAUUUACUAGUAUUCAAGUCGAAAUUGCGCAAACAUCUCACACCGGAAAACAUAAAGGCACUGUUAGCGGUCUCAUUUCCGAACACUCAGAUUCUUGACUUCGAGAAGGGUCCUCCUGGGAUUUGGUGGUAGAUUAAGUGGUAACUCUUAAUUAUAUCAUUAGAAACCCCUGUUUUGAAUUGGUUUCUAACUCCACUGCUAUCACUCCCCCCCAUAGCGACAAUUUUCGCGGUUUUUGAUGUCAUCUCCCGCAUUCCGACCUCAUGCGGUCUGUCGACGCUCAGGGCGGAAUCCUCAGUAUUCACUGUCUACUAGUAGUUCGGUCGUACCUCCCUUCCUCACUGCUUGGUUGAGCUCGAAGCGUGCUGUGGCCGAUCGCAUCUCGGUUCCUCUCGUCUGGCCUCUUUGACGCGGCGUACCAAUCCGGCCCAGACGAUCUCAAUUGUGAAUCCCGUAUACAAUGCCAUUUGCAAGCCAGUCCUGUCUGACCCACAUUCGUACCCAUCAAGGCGAACAUUUAUUGCUACCCUGACGAUGACCGACAACAUUCCGUUAUAUACCGCCACCUACAGGCCAGUCCUGCUCGCUUUUUCUGUUAUUGUUUUUAUGGAGAGGUUUUUUUUCUCCUGUAAAAUCAAUCCAAUCAUUUUUAACUUUUUGUAAGGAGUUUUUUUUCACAUCUCAAUCAUCAUGUUUCUCAAUGGACUUCUUAUCCAGAAACUAUAAAUUACAUUUUGUAAAGAUUCGGCCUACCUCGUCUAAAACUCGCAUGCAAAUUUAUUUUAACUUGCUUUGAUGGGACCCCGACGGGUCUUUAAUAAAAAAUUAUCUAUCUAUCUAUCGUACCCGCUCUCCAACAAGAGACAAUUACAUUUUGGAUCUGAUCCUUAUGAAUGACAUUGCUCUCAUUUUCGUUGAUUUCAAACAAGAUCUUUUUGAUAGUGUUCAUGCAUUAAACAACCGUUUACUUCCGCUUGGCUUUGCAAAAAGGCCGGCACAGUUCGGACUUAUCUAGACUACGAUUUCGUAGCCAAAAACUCAAUAAAUAACUGUCUUGGAUCGUUGGACUAGCAAGUCCCCAUCGUUUUUAAUGUUGCAACAGUUUUUUGACGUCAUGCCAGUCGUUUCCAAAGACACCUUAGGAUUUGUGCCCCGCAGGUGUAUCAAGUCUAACUCAUCUGACUCCAUUGUUCCUCACUGUCCGUCUAGAAAACUAAUAAAAUCUGAGAAGACAGCCGCAUGACCCGUCCACUAUUUCUUUACCCGUCCAUCUAAGAAUCACAUAAAUUUUCGAAUUGUCCUCGAAAAUGUGUCAAACGCGCGACAGGCAGCGAGAAUCCCCUGCACUCAGUGUAGUAAAUCCUGCCAAAUCCGUUGUUCAAAUCUGCCGUCGUGGAUCCUCCUCUAGGUGUGGUCACGAAAUUCCCCCUUGCUAAACGGUAAUAAGAUCUUUGUCAUCGAGGGCGCUGGUGGGGCGGAGAUGCUCAGUGUCCUCCUUGCAAAACAUCUUACUACUGAUUCCAAACCAGUUCAUUCCGUUUGUCCGCUUUCAGAUAUAAUUUCGUAUGCAGUCCAUACCUUCUCAGAUCUAAUUCAGAAACACAUCCGUCGUUGAGAAACUUUUACCUCUCGGGAAAGGACGGUAUUCCAAACUCGAUUAACAAGAAGGUAUCAGACUCUGCUAGGUCGGUUAGUCAUCGAUCCUCAGUUUAUCUUUCGUGAGGAUUCUUCCCAGAAACACGGUAGACCCCAAGUAUCCACUCAGUCUACUAGACAUGAUCGCGAUUUGACGUUCAUAUAUAUCAGGAUGUGCAUAAAACUCCGUCUGCGGCAAAACUUCUUAGUAGGAUAGUUUUCAAUGAAAGUGUUGGUUUCUGCUUAGGUAAUCAGCCUCUGAGCCCUACUCAACAUGGAUUUUUCUUGAGAGAUCUUCCGAACACAGAAUUCCUAGCGGUUUUCGGACAGCCAUACCUUCCAUGUGCAGCGGAUGAUUCGCUCCUUCAUUUAGUCAAGAAAGUGGCUAGCCACCUAGAGGUUCUUAUUGCUGGGGAUUUCAACGCACCUGCAUUCGAGUGGGAAGCUAUGGCCGAGAGCUGGCCGGACCACUGUCCUUUCUGUGCCAAAAAUCGUUCGAUGCUGGAAUCAUUCCCACAGACUGAAAGACGGCCCACAUUAUAACCCUUUACAAAAGCGGUGGUCGUGCUCUUGCGACGAACUACAGACCUGUCAGCCUGACAUCAAUCUGCUGCAAGCUGAUGGAGAAAACCAUCAAAAAAGGAAAUGAGGGCUUAUUUGGAAACCAACAGCCUCUUGUCCAAUGCGCAAUACUGUUUCCGUAGGGGAAGAUCAUGUGUAACGAACUGGCUGUAUACAAUACAAAGUUGGAAAAGACCACUGGAUGCAAAACACACUGUGCAUGUGGCCUAUAUUGAUUUCCCGAUGGCGUUCGACGUGUUCCGCACCAGCGUCUCCUGUACAAGCUGAGAGUCUUGGGCGUCGGCGGCUAACUUCUCAAAUGGAUCGAUAAUUUCCUCAUCGGCCGUUCCCAAAUUGUCUACGUAGACGCUGGUGCGGAACACGUCGAACGCCAUCGAGAAAUCAAUAUAGGCCACAUGCACAGUGUGUUUUGCAUCCAGUGGUCUUUUCCAACUUUGUAUUGUAUACAGCCAGUUCGUUACACAUGAUCUUCCCCUACGGAAACAGUAUUGCGCAUUGGACAAGAGGCUGUUGGUUUCCAAAUAAGCCCUCAUUUCCUUUUUUGAUGGUUUUCUCCAUCAGCUUGCAGCAGAUUGAUGUCAGGCUGACAGGUCUGUAGUUCGUCGCAAGAGCACGACCACCGCUUUUGUAAAGGGUUAUAAUGUGGGCCGUCUUUCAGUCUGUGGGAAUGAUUCCAGCAUCGAACGAUUUUUGGCACAGAAAGGACAGUGGUCCGGCCAGCUCUCGGCCAUAGCUUCCCACUCGAAUGCAGGUGCGUUGAAAUCCCCAGCAAUAAGAACCUCUAGGUGGCUAGCCACUUUCUUGACUAAAUGAAGGAACGAAUCAUCCGCUGCACAUGGAAGGUAUGGCUGUCCGAAAACCGCUAGGAAUUCUGUGUUUUGUGUGUACGCUAUGUUUUCUUUAUUCAGGCGGAUUCAUGUGCAAGGGAGAAGGUGUAGGCUCGUUCAACUACCAAAAGAUCUGUCCUUUCAUAUACGACUACCUCAUCGCCCUAUCUGUUUUGUCGGUCUCUGCGAGACAGCUGGUAACCCCGUAUCGAAAUCUCAGCAUCCACGAUUUCGUCCUUAAGCCAUGUUAUCGUUAUGACAAUGAUGUCGGUGUUCCAGUCUGAAAAUAGCGCUUUACGUUCGUCAAUCUGCAAGACGGUACUUUGCGAAUUAGUAUACAAAAUUUCAAUUUGGACUGAGUGACUCCGGCAUAUAGGCAUCUGUCCACUUCAUGGGAUUGAAUGUAAAGCCGGCCGGAUCUGGUCGAGACUGACUGCUGUCCAUUACGCCUAAACUGUUAGAGCUAUAGGCUUUCUCCAGUGAAAUGGCUUCUGACUGUGUAUAAUUUUCUUGUUCAGUUUUCUCAGAUUUUUCUCGCCCAGACUCGACCUCCUGAGGCCCUCUAAUUUGAGUCCUCUUUAUUUCUCUCUCUCUCUGCGGGUAAAAAGUUGAAAAAAACUGUUAGGUGGGUAUGUUGAGGUGCGGAUUUCCUGCUCAACAGAAAUUGUACUUGUUCCUCAUUCUGGAAGACAAUUUUAGCGGUCUCUGACAGUUUGACUCAUUGUUUGAGUCUUUUGUUCGAUCCACCCUGAAAGCCUUCAAUACGGUAACUCUCUCUUCUCCUCUUAAGAGCGAUUUGAGAUAUUGCUGGAAUAUUUCUGUCAUGACGUAAUUUGUCCCUUGAAGUAUCGGGAACAGACUCAGGCACGCCCUUUAUGACAAUGCAUUUACUGCGAUCCACUCGAGGGCCUUGUGGCAUAUUCUUGCGCUCAGAGAUUUCAUCACGGAUAUCCGGACUACCACCAUUCUCUGACUUAGGAGGGUUUGAUUCGGCAGGACUAACGUAUGACCUCCCGCUUACUACGGUCCCUUAAUCCUUUGUUAUUUUCGGCGGCACGAUUUUUGUUUGCGGUGUACCCAACUCUAGCUUCCUUAUCUGACCUUAUGCGACUUUUCGAGGUGCUAUGGGACAUUUUUUGUUCUCUGAAAUCCCGUCGGGUUGCACGUUUCUCACACCAGAAACUGGCUGUCAUAUAUUUCGAACUCCGGGGACCUACUUUUUCUUUUCUUUGGGUGAAUAGCGAGAGAGAUUCUUCAACUUCCCAAUCUCCAUUUAUAUACCCACAAUUUCUUUCUCAAUGUCCACAAUUUUCUGAGGGAAUUCGAAGCAUGUCGUACAGGCUUCGCCUCCUUAUUUGACAUCCAUCCAGCUUCUUAAAUUCUUUGCUCGUUUUGCGGGAGGUGACUUGACAGCAAAAGGUACAGAGUUACAGUCAUUUUUACUAUGAGAAUAUGAAUGAAAAAUUAGGGGAUAUUUUAGAUAUGCCCACUGAAAAAUAAAUCCGCGGAUACCAAACCGCGAAUAGACUGCGGCCAACUGUAUCAUCCACAGACAGCUCUCAGACCCCGCUAUUGAUUAUAGAAUUUUUGAAAAUUUCACUAUCAGGCUAUAACGACAGAUCUUUUGCUCGAUCAUCAGUCGCGCUCAACGCGCCCAAAAUAAUAAUUAAUAAUUAUUUUUAUUAAAGACCCGUCGGGGUCCCAUCAAAGCAAGUAAAAAUAAAUUUAUAUGCGAAUUUUAGACGAGGUAGGCAAAAUCAGUACAAAGUACAAUAAAUAGUUUUUGAGCUUAGAAGUCCGUUGAGAAAAAUGAUAAGCGAGGGGUGAAAAAAACUCCAUAAGAAAAUUUAAAAAUGAUUGGAUUAAUUUUACAGGAGAAAAAAACCGUCGAAAAAAUAGAAACAGAAAAAUGAGGGCAGGACUGGCCUGCAUGUGGCGGUAUAGAAUGGGUUACAGUCGGACAUCAACAGGGUCGAAAUAAAUGGCAGCUCUAUAUGGCAUUGUAUAACGGAUUUCAUGAAGGGGUAAGUAGGCGGGUCGGUCAGGACUGGCCUGUAUGUGGCCUUGAAUAAGGCAAAUAAGUGGCGAAAUUGAAAACCAGUCUCGAGGCGAUAGGAACCCAGAUGCGGUCGGUUACAUUCAUCCGAGUCCAUCCGAGGAUGGGGCAAGGGAGAUGCGACCAGACUACUGGUAUAUGGCGAAUACAGGAGGUUUCGCCAAGAGCGUCGAUGGAGCGCAUUCUGUGAGGGCACGAUGCAUGAACUGAAAAAAUGAAAAAAUUAACAUUUCUGGUGAGGGAUCUUAGGAAACGAGACUACACACAAAGGAAGGAAAUGUGAACAGAUACGGAAAUUUAAUGGCGGCAUACUAAAUUCCCGGUGGUCCUUUCUCAGUGUCAUAGAAAACGUUGUCUGGGAAGGAUGAGGAAAAUAAAAGUUUAAUCGAGUCAGUAUUCAGAUAAAGGCGUAGCCUUCAUUUAAAGGUGUGUAGAUUUUCUGAAGAUCUUAUAUUUAUUGGAAGGUUAUUCCAGAGGAAAGUAUAUCUGAAAGCGAAAAAAAGGGAGCGCUAGAGGUGGAGGACGCUGGAGGAGGUAUAAUCAAGGACGAGUUGCGAAGAUUGUAUGGGCGACUACUAGGGGUGAGUGCUGAAAUCCGAGGAAAUUUUGAACUAAGGUUAAUGCGAAAGAGGAGACAGACGCCCGCUUCUGGUCUUCGAACCCAUAAAAAUUUUAGGUUAAUUAGUUGGCAUCUAUCAGAGUAGGAGAUUUUGGGAUGUUCCUUAUCUAAAAGUUUUUUAGUAUAACGUCUUUGGACAUUUUCAAUUUUUAAACGACUAGCUUCAUUCAUCAAACCAAUGAAUGGGAAAUUAAACUCACGGCUGCCGGGGGAGCUUCGUAGCUCAGGGGAUUAGUGUUGGCUGUGCUCAGGCAUUCCCUUGUUAUCCUGGGUCCGAAGCUCACCGAGGUCACCGAGUUUUUCAUAGCUUCUUCAAAGUGAACUCGCUUAUCUCACAUCUGCAUUUAGAUUAUGUGGAGACGUAGAAACUUCCAGGACGAGUGAUAGGAUUGAAGCAGCACACGUAUUAUUUGCUGUAGUUCUGCUGCAUUCCGUCAAAGGCCUACAGACGUAAAGGCUGUGUAAGCCAUGCAUGUGCUUAAUAGAAACACAUAUGAUCAAGGUAAGCGGACAAAGCGAGACCAGAUCUACCCCCGUAGAAUUAUCGAGUUGCAUGCAAGGCAACCGCACACACCGUGCUCAAUGAUGUGUACUUUUUACUAAAAGGCGAAAUGACUUUAACGUUUUUGAUUGCUUCAUAUCUGCGCCCGGAUACUAGACACUUUUAGUAUAUUUGCUGUAGUGGACCUCGCCUUUCCAUUUUCUAGAGUUUAUUCUUGUUGUUUCGUAAUGGAAUAACAAAUACUUUUCAUUUUCCAAUUCUGAUCAUUUUUAUGCAUUCAGAUAAGCACUUUUACUACAGAUAAUUUGGUUCCUAGUUCUGAUGUGUAAACGGUAUACAGGUGAAUUUCGGUCCGGCAUUUGUCUUUUAAUUACAGUUGGUUCCCUUGCGCUUAAUUUUGCUUCAAUAAUUAAUCACGAACAACUCAGUCUUGGUCCAGUUUGCAGCAUUCCUCGCACGAUAUCAGUGUAAAAUUCUCACGCGCUUGGCUUUUUUGACACUCCUGAGUCGCACAGUACUAUUUAAGUGACCGUGAGACUGCCUACAAGUUUAUUACAGUUUAAGUCUGGAGCUCGAACUCUUGCUCUCCGUGCACCUUCUUAUUUCACUCCUCUGACCCCUUGGUGUUUUCAUAUGCAUAACCUGUUUUCUGGUCUGCCAACGCCGUUUGUCAGGCACCUUGUGGAAAGUGGACCAAUGCUUUCGGUUUCCCUGAAAUCUUCUUGUUUCUGUAAUUACGGUGUGGAUCCCUGAAACACGUAAACUGCGUGAACGCAAAUUGAACCGAUGAAAAAAUAGAAAAGUUGCCCGGAAUAUCAAGGCCGUUAAACACACAUGGACGAUAGAUUGGUGAAUUAAAACCGCUAGUAAAGAAAAACAACGAAGUUACCAGGUAGCAUGAACAAACGCAUAGCGCAGAAAUACAUUGCCAAUAGGGAUUGAUAAAUGACCGCUUUUAAGUGCGGGUUGUGGGGAGAAGAGACUGAGGAGAGCUUUCCUACUUAUUGAACACAGGAACGUCAAUCAGGUCCAGGAUUGGGGAGUAGUCCUUAUUCUUUUCUUAUUACUUCGUUUUGAGCAAAUAGUUUGUAAUCACGAUGUUGACUGGGAGGGGUUCUUAGAAAACAAGUCGGUCGAAUUGGAGUUUUUGCACCAAACCGUCGUGGCGUUUAAACGUAUCAGGUCCUGAAACAUGAUUGGCAUAUGUAAAGAUACAUUAUAAAAGCCGACGGAAUAAAUUCGAGUGUACGCGCCUGCUUGCUAUUGGACUGCGGCUGUAGGUCUGGUUCCCGUAUUGGUUUCAAGGUCGUCCCUGUUGCUGAAACGAGGAGUGGUAAGUUAAAUUCCCUCCUCAUUUAAAACAAGAUUUGUCCGGCCGAUGUCCUAUUGCUCUGCGGAAAAAGGGUUUUCACAUGUCUAUGCUCCCACGCCUUUUCGGGUGUGGUUUGAAUAAAAGCCACAGUGUUUUUUCUAUCUGCAGAUACUUUUUCAAGUUCGGUCUGCAGGCUGUAA